AUUUCAGUACCAAAAGCAGUAUCCCCGAGCUACACUCGGGCAUACCAUGCGGCGUUGCUCAGGGAUUCCCUGCAGCGCUUACCUUAUCCUUCGCUCCCCCGCGAUGUGUCCCCUGCAGCGUCCCCGGCCAUCUUCUCUGGCCGAUGCCGGCAUCCGGCUUCCGUGUUCCGGUCCCUGUGACAUUGGGACGUGCGGGGGGUGGAACCGGCGGCAAAUUUAAAAAUUUUAAAAACUGUCAUUUUUUUUUUAAAUUUUGUCUCCAGUGCUUUGUCCCGUGCCCUGCCUGCAUUUUUACUCUUCUUUCUG